UAAAACAUAAAACUUUUUUUUCUCAAAUCUAUUUGUCUUACUAAUCAUUUUAUCUUUACGGUAAGUUCAAAAUUAUAUGCAGAAUAUAUUAACAUAAGUAACUAUUAAAAAAGAGUAAACGUUUGGGAGAAAAAUAAGUUUGCAUGCAUCACAUAUUUUCAUAUAAAUGCAUGUAAAUCUAUAGGGGUCCAGCCAGGCCCAUGUGUCUGUCCGAAGGUUUUGAAAUAGGUGUCAGACGGAGGGUAUCCAUCAAACUUAAUAUAAAUGGUCUGCUAGGUAUGGGGCCAGUAACCUUUAAGGCAAAAACAAUUCUGUGUACACCCACUUAAAGCAAAUUAUUGUUGCAAGCCUAAUUCUCAUCAAAUGAAUUUGCCAUAGAAUACAUCUCUGUACAUCCAAAGCAUCUAAAGUUCUUCCAUCCGGACUCGAUUACGUAGUUAGUGAAACUUAUAAUUGGUUUUCACAUAGUUCACUAAGUAAAAACAAAUAUUAUGACAUUUAAAAACUAAUAAAUAAUGAAAAAAGCCACUUAACCUUAUAGCUCACUCGUUGGCUUUGUCAUUUUGAUGCCUUAAAGCGCGUGUACGAUCAGUUUUUAGAACUAAAAAUCAUUUCGGAAUUUGUGACAUAAGUGAAAAAUGUUGAAUAGAUAAUUUCAAGAUACUAAAAUGUACAUUCUUUUGUCCGGGAUUUUGCCCAUCAUAAAGGAAAUGAAUAAACUCAACACUUAUUUUCAAGCUACAAAUAAAAACAUCUUUAAAGCACAAAAAGAAGUAGAAAUUGUUGCCCGUUGCUUUGCAUAUAAGGUUUUGUCAACAGUUCCACCUUUAAAGUCUGACUGGGAAUGUGAUCAGGUAUUGGAAUUAGUAACGAACCCAGACAAUUUGAAAGCUUGGAAAGAUAUUGAUUUAGGGUCGGAAUUUGAAAAAAAAACGCGAGAGAAAAUAGUGUAAAUACAGAGCUUUUGAAUGAAGUUAAGAAGCAAGUAAACGAUUUCAUUCUUGCUUUACUAGGAGAAAUGUGUAAAACACUGUCGGACUAAACUUUUUGUCUCGAUUGGAUAUUUUUUACAAAGCGUUCGUUUGAGCCAACAUCGACCCCGUUUUGAAAGUCUGCCUGUAAGCUUGAUACGAUACCAACCAAAAGUAGGUCGAAAAUGCAAAUAGAGGCACUAGAUGCAAUAAUGCGAGUACGCAUUCAUUCCAAGGUUCGAUGAAAUAAUGGGUUCAUACAUUGAGUUUGUAUAUGAAGAAUUGCUGCCUCAUUUGAACAAAGUGGUGAAGGGAGAAAUAAUUGAAAUGAUGUCUUACGAAUUUUGCUUGAUAACCGAUGUAUAGAUACAUUUGUAUAUUUUUUUUUUGUUUAAUAAAAGAAUUGUUGGUAUUACAACUACAAAUUGCGCAAUUUUAUUUGAUUUUUGAAUUUGGGCAUUUUUAUUUUAUUUUUAGCGAUUUCACUUUUUCAAAUCUGAAAAGUAACAUCUUGGAGUGGACAAUUGGAGACAUUUAGCAAGGGACCGAGCUAGAUUGAGAUGUUUGUUGAAUAAAAGCUUAUUAUUCCAAAAAUUAACUUAUUUUACAAGCCUAACAUCACGAUCCAUAAAUCGAGUACCUACUUUUAUACCGAUAUCUUCACCUGAACAACAACAAAUGCAUCAAGAAUCCAUAGAAUUUUAAAUUUAAAUUUUAAGAAUGUAUAAAUAAUAAGCCUAACAUUUUAUUUGUUCAAUACAAGGACCAUGUCACGACCGCUCUUCCGUUCAGUAACAUGUACAAAACAUACACCCCUGUUCUAAUUUUCGAUCGAAUUUCCAAAUCGACCGUUUUCGAAUUUUGUCAGUUCUCUUUUCCGUAUUGUUUGACAUUUUAAGUAUUUCAGGUGUUCCAAAAAACAAACUGAUCUGCAACACGCUAAAUAUUUGACGUUUUCAUUUCGGUUGUCUUUUUGUUAGCGAAAACAGAUUCGGUGGAACAAAAAUUUUAUUGUUUUUUAAUAAAAUUAAAUUAACUAAACAUCUUUUUACAAAUAAUAAAUGAAACUUAGGGGAAAUCAUACAACACAGCAACAAUUUGCAAUGUUAGUUGCAUUCAUGGAGAAGUGUCCUGACCUUGGAAGAGGGUGGGUUAAAACAGAUAAUAGAGCUGAGCAUGUGGAUAGAUUGUGGGAAGAAUUGACGAAAGACUUAAAUGCUUUAGGACUCCCAAAGAGAGAGGUGACUGGAUGGAAAAAAAUAACUAUUUGCCUCGAAUUUGUAGUGCAUUUUAAAAACGUUUUUGUAUGUACUUUACAGGUGUGGUCGGACUACAAAGUGUUUAUUUAAAAAAAGCUGAUUCAACACUAAAAAGAAGUAGAUGCGACUGGUGGUGGUGAAUGCAACCAAUAUUAUCUGACGCCAUAGAAGAAACUGUGGUCAGGAUUACAGAGGGCCGAUUCCAGAAAGCGCGACGGAUCGCUUUUAAUGGUGGAUUUGUGUGUGAAAGCGAAAGUUCUUUCCAACAAAAUGUCAUUCUUCUAGUGGGUUUUGAAAGCGACAGGCGUGAUAGUGGCGGAUUGCAACAAAAUGAGUAACAAACAUACCUCCACGAAGCAAUUUGCGACCCUCGUAGAAUUCCUAAAAGAGAAUAGCGGAAUAAAAAAGGGAAUUCUAAAUGCUCCUGAAUAUAAGGCCAAAAAUAAGGAGCUUUGGGAUGAAAUCACGGUUGUGCUUAAUAGUCUUGGACCUCCAGUAAAAACGUUGGAUGGUUGGAAGAAGGUAUGGAAAGAUUUUAAGUAUAACAUAAAGGAUAAAUUGCGAGAAAACAAAAAAUCCAUGAAGGUGGACCGAACAAACAGCAUGUGUUCUCGGUCUAAGAAGAAGACAUUAUUGCUUUGCUGGACUUAAACACAAAGGUGUGUGGUCUCAAAGUAAGGAAAUUUGGCACAGCAGAUGCUUUUCCAACCAGAGAACCUUUAAAAGAAAAAAUCGUACAAAUACGUCAAAAUCUUUCACCAGAAACCCGUCAACUAUUUGAGGAAUCUGAAAUUUUACUGUCAGAAGAAAUAAAUUAAAAACCGGAAGAAGGAGAAUUCGACAAAGAAAUGGAAGAGCAUGCACAAAAGAAACCAACUUGCCACACUAGAACUUCCGCGGCAACAUAAAAAAAUUGUUGAAGCUCCAAGUGAACCAACAAAAGAUGUACAAGGAAAAAUCGUUACAUCUCCUAGAAGAGCAGAAUAAUAAUAAACCUUCGAUACCGUUGGUUGAGCAAUAGCGAUUCGGUAGUCCUGCCCAACGCUCUUUUGGUACGAACCUUCCGCUAAAAAUCGCAAUGUAGCGGCAAGCUUGAGUAUUGAAGGCAAAGAAUUAGUGUUUUCUCGUUUGAAAUCAUCUUUGAUUUCCUCAAAAACGUACACAAAUGCUUCUCACGAUAUUCGAAACAAUUUUAUAAACCUUAUUGAACAAAAAUCAUUAAACAAA